GCAUUCGAUGGUUAUUCGCUUCUCUCUUAUUCCUCAUGUCGCCCGUCGUCGCCCAGAACUUCACCGAUGAUAGCACCUACAACAGCACCGAUGGGAGCUUCGGUAUCGAUCCAAUACUACGAUAUAGGCCUUCAUUUGCCUGCUCUCUGCCUGUCCAGAUUCUCAUGAUAGGCAUCGUGCUGACGCUGACCUCUGUGCUCCUCAUUCACCUCAUCUUUACCGCUCAGUACCACUGGCCUCUCGCUCCUGUCAACUAUGCGUUACAACUCUCCGCCGUCAUUACCCUGUUGGUGUCUUUGAUAGCGACACUACAUGUCGUUCUCGAGGCUGCAACGCAGGAGAGCACGGUAUGGCCCUACAUGCUCACAUACAUUGCUGUCGACAUACCGCCACUACAAGAUGAGGAAAGCGCCGCGGGCUGGCGGACAGGCGAACUUGCUGCGUGGCUGCUCAUGAAUGCUACGACGUCGGCGUUGAUACAGAUAACCCACAUUCAAUUCCUGACCCUUCUCUUCCCGUCCAACUUGGAACGCCGCCUCAUUUUUAUUCUGCUAGGCCCACUCGCUAUCGUUGCAGCGAUCAUGCAGCUUGUUCCUCUCAACGACUCUUCAGUUGAUGGGAAACUCACUUCGAUCGCCUCCGCCGUGCAAAACAUCUGCAACGCAACGCUGUCCCUGCUUUUUACAGCUUCGCUAUUCAUUUGGGGCUUCCUUGUCAACCGUAGAUCGGCUUGGAGAACGGACGGUGGCACUGCCGCCUUCGGCAUCGGCGCCCUCAUGCUCGCUUUGGCUUCAACGGCGAUCACGUUCAUCUACAUCCCGAGCAAAGACCAUUACUCGUGGAUGCCAGGCCUGAUGUGGGCGGUCAUCUUAUGGCAGAGCUUCCUGGGCUGGUGGUGGUGGGUUGGGUCGGGUAUGGGUGUUGGAGAGGUUGAUGAGCUUCUACGGCGGGAGGAGAAAAGGAGGAUGAAGCGUAAAGCGAGAUUGGUAGCGAGGCAAAUGCGGAGGGAGAAGGCGCAGACGUUAUGGCACGGUGUCACCGGAGCGUUCAGCUACGACAAAGAGAAACGGCGCAUGAAGGCCGCCAACAUACGCAGUGGCACUCCGACUGGUAAUCCUCGAAGCAGGAGCAUUCCCACCACGUCAACGAUGGACUCCUCCGAGACGUCUGGCAAGGCGAGCACCUCCUCCGUUUCGACGGCCGACGCUUUCGUGCACAAGCUGCAGCAAUUUUACGCCACUCGUCAGCUGUAUGCAGCAUACCUUCGCCUGCGUCACGCACACCUCACUGCCUCGCGUGAACAGGCGGAGGAGAACAACGAGCGCAUGCAGCAAGUUUACGGUCCUAGCGAGUCCGGCGGCGAGGUUGACCCUGUGUCUGUGGGUUGGGGCCUAGGGAGCUAUGGUGUACGACAGAUGAACCGUGAGGACACGCAGGAGCGGCAACAGGGGCUGCAAGGGAUCUUGGAAGUCGAUGAAGAAGACAAGACGAGCGAUGACGGUAGUAGCGUCGGUCGGCGCAAAGAGCACAGCGCGGAGACGGACUUCCGCAGUCAGCCAGCCAAUGCUAGACGGCGAAAAAACAGAUUAGCAAGACGAGAUACCGAUGCACGCAACGAAGGUACCCUGCCACAACAUACACCCGUAGAGGGUGCGCAACCGCAGUCGAUGUGGUAUUGGGGGCCGCUGCGGCGCUGGAGGUUACGGGACUCUACUGUUUACAAAUGACAUGAUCUCGUGCACGGAUUAUUCAUAUAAUUAUGGUUGUACUUAUAUGGUC